UUUCAUUUAUUUCUAAUUGUAUUCCUCGAAGAGCAGACCUCAAAUCUAAUCUCUCUGUAAUUUUACAAUCUCAAAAACUCUGUUAAAAUCUUUGUUUUUAAGCUCAUCAAAUUCAGUCUCUUAAAUUUCUUGAAAUAAUAAAGAUCCGUAACAAAUUGUGAGAGAUCAGAGGUACUAUUUUAUAGCUGUUCUUGUUCAUAGUUAGUGUUUUUAAUCAUCUGGGUAUUGCUUAUUUUACGUGUUUGAAUCUUUAAAGUGUUAAAUUUGUGAACUUGGGUUAGUUUGGUAAUGUGGGUAUUGUUCAAGGGUCUGAUUUGGGUGUUUUAGAUUAAGUUUAAUGAGACGCCGCACUGCGGCGAGUGUUCCAUUUGAUCAAAUGGAUAAAGGGUCUGGUAAAAAUCAUCAGAAUAGGCUUUGUUUAUUGGUGUCUUUAUCAGCAUUUUUUUGGAUUGUGUUGCUAUACUUUCAUUUUGCUGUUUUAGGCAGUAGUAGUAGUAAUGUUGAUGAAUCUGUUAUACUAGAGUCUCAUCCGUUAAACUCUGGAUCGCAAACUCCGUCCUUUGUUACGGAUGCUCGUGUUGUAAACACCCCGUCGAAGAGUACUCCUUCGAUAAGCACGGGAUCGGAGACAUCGAAAAUUAAUCCUAGUGGUAGCAGCAUUAGUGGUAGUGAGAAGAGGGAUAAGUUUCAGUUUAUGAGGGCUUUGAGGACUAUUGAGAAUAAGAGUGAUUCGUGUGGCGGGAGGUAUAUUUAUGUUCAUGAUUUGCCUCCUAGAUUUAAUGAGGAUAUGUUGAAGGAGUGUAGGAGUUUGAGUCUUUGGACUAAUAUGUGUAAGUUCAUGACUAAUGCUGGGAUGGGACCUCCAUUGGAGAAUGUUGAAGGAGUGUUUUCGAAUACGGGGUGGUACGCGACGAAUCAGUUUGCGGUGGAUGUGAUAUUUAGUAAUAGGAUGAAGCAGUAUGAGUGUUUGACGAAUGAUUCUUCGAUUGCUGCCGCAAUUUUUGUGCCGUUUUAUGCUGGGUUUGACAUUGCGAGGUAUCUUUGGGGGUAUAAUAUCUCAACGAGGGAUUCUGCUUCCCUUGCUUUAGUUGAUUGGCUUAUGAAGAGGCCGGAGUGGGGAAUUAUGGGAGGCAAGGAUCAUUUCCUAGUAGCGGGGAGGAUAACGUGGGAUUUUAGGAGGUUGUCUGAAGAAGAAACAGAUUGGGGCAAUAAACUGCUGUUUUUGCCAGCUGCAAAGAAUAUGUCGAUGCUUGUGGUUGAAUCGAGUCCGUGGAAUGCCAAUGAUUUUGGCAUUCCUUAUCCAACCUAUUUUCAUCCGGCAAAGGAUGAUGAUGUUUUCAUUUGGCAAAAGCGAAUGAGGAACUUGGAGAGGAAAUGGCUUUUCUCUUUUGCUGGGGCACCACGCCCUGACAACCCUAAGUCGAUUAGAGGCCAGAUUAUAGAUCAGUGUAAGCAAUCAAAGGUGGGCAAGCUGUUAGAAUGUGAUUUUGGGGAGAGCAAAUGUCAUUCUCCAAGCAGCAUAAUGCAGAUGUUCCAGAGUUCGCUUUUCUGCUUACAGCCCCAGGGUGAUUCUUACACACGUAGGUCUGCUUUUGAUUCUAUGUUGGCAGGUUGCAUUCCUGUUUUCUUUCAUCCUGGAUCAGCUUAUACGCAAUAUACUUGGAAUCUGCCGAAGGACUAUAACACUUAUUCAGUGUUUAUUCCGGAAGACGAUAUCCGUAAACGAAAUGUUAGCAUAGAGGAAAGGCUUAGUCAGAUUCCGCCUGAGCAGGUGAAGAUGUUGAGGGAGAAUGUUAUUAAUCUCAUUCCAAGGAUUAUAUAUGCAGAUCCGCGCUCGAAAUUGGAGACUCUCAAAGACGCAUUUGAUGUAGCUGUCCAGGCAGUCAUCGACAAAGUCACUAGGUUGAGACGGAACAUUGUUGAAGGGCGUACAGAAUAUGAUAAUUUUGUGGAGGAGAAUAGCUGGAAAUAUGCAUUGCUCGAAGAAGGGCAACGUGAGGUGGGAGGUCAUGAGUGGGAUCCUUUCUUCUCAAAACCGAAGGAUGGCAAUAGCGAUUCCGGUGGUUCAUCAGCAGAAGCUGCUAAAAAUUCAUGGAAAAAUGAACAGAGAGAUCACCAUGAAAACAAGGUGACUAUGUAGCAAUAGAAGUUAAGAGCAACUUCAAAUGCAAAACAAAGAUGUCAAAACCAUACUGCGCAUCUCGGAUUCAAUAGCCAGGUACCGAUCCUUUUGUGUAGGCCUUGCAUGUGAAUUCAUUGUAGAAAUUACCAUAAAGUUAGAAUCCAAGUUGCUUGUUCCAACCAGUAGAAUAAAGUCAUAUUCUGCUUUGAAUAUACUCGUAUAAUAUAAAAUUUUCCGACAUGGAAAUUUUUCUCA